AUGCCCUCAUAUGCUAAGUUCCUAAAAGAAAUCCUAUCGAAUAAGAAGAAACUAGAAGACAAUGAGACCGUAACACUCACUGCCGAAUGUAGUGCAAUAAUUCAAAAUAAAAUGCCACCUAAGCUGAAAGACCCAGGAAGUUUCUCCAUACCCUGCAAUAUAGGAAAAUUUGUCAUAGACAAAGCUUUAUGUGACUUAGGAGCUAGUAUUAGCCUAAUGCCUUUGUCCAUUUGCGAGAAACUAAACAUGGGAGAUCUAAGACCAACCAAGAUGUCAGUACAACUUGUAGACCGAUCUGUCAAGUAUCCUGUAGGUGUGCUUGAAAAUGUACACGUCCGCAUUGGACAAUUCUACAUCCCUACGGAUUUCAUAAUUAUGGACAUAAAAGAAGACGUCAAUACUCCUAUAAUCUUAGGAAGACCUUUCCUAGCUACCGCUGGAGCCAUUAUAGACGUGAAGAAAGGCAAGUUGACAUUCGAAGUAGGUGAGGAGAAGGUCGAGUUUAUUCUAAUGCAAUUCCUUCAAGCCCCAGCUAUAGAAGAUACAUGUUAUGUGGUGGAUGUUAUUGAUGAAUGUUUAAGAGAGAUAGGAUUAUCAUAA